GAAAGUGAAUGAAAUAGAAAUGGAUGAAAGCUGGAAAAACAAAAUCACGGUUAGAUCAUAGAAGGGCACCACCGUUAUAUACAUUCCGUUAUAACGCUUUCUCCUUCUCCUUCUUCUUCAGUUUCCACUUUCCACGCCGUUAUAUCACUUUCUUCUCUUCCCUUCCAACAACGCCAUCAUGAACGCUCCCAAAUCCCUUUCUCUCAAUUUCUAGUUUUCAAGAGGAAGUUUGAUUGGAUUACAGUUUUCUGUUGUUGGAAAUUAAGUUAAUAUGGGUUCAGCUUGUUGUGUUGCUGCAAAGGAUCGUAGUGAUAGUACUAAUAGAAUUGAAAGAGAAAGUUUGCAUAGAGAUGUCGCAUGUUCACCGUCAUGGAGCUUUAGAUGGGAUAGUCGAGGGCGUGUUGCUGGUGAAGUUCAGAAUCCUUCCUAUCACUCAUCUCAUGCAGUUAGUAGAAAUAUCAGCAUGGAGUUUAAAGGCUCGUUAAGUUCUUACAGAAGUAAUUUAUCUGAUGGGGGAAGCGUCUUGGACAAUUCUGCAACUCCUGUUUCUCUGAAGUCACCUGUCAAUGAGGCAUUGGCUGGAAACAUAAUGACACCAUCUUCUGAUCUCUCCAUGUCAAGCAAUUUUUCUACAGUGGUGAAGAAUCCAGGAGAAUCUUCAAUACCGAAUCAUUCCUUUUCAAUACCUUCAGUUUUAUCAACACCUAUAUCAGGUCCGUUAUAUAAUCAUGAUCAUCAUCAUCCCAACUCUACCCCAACAAGAUGGGCACAUCGAUCUCUAAGAAACCCACUGUUGAGGCAGAUUUCUGAUAAUCAGAUCAUGGGUCUAAAAUCACCAGACAGCUCAAUUUUUGAAGGGAGGGUAUCAUUUGUACUCUCCGCUUGCAGCAAUGAAAUUGAAGCUAUAUCCCAAUGUGGAUCUUCUGAUGGCUGGUCAAUGCACACCUUUUCUGAGCUGGUGGCCUCGCAAAGAGGAAGGUGGUCUUUUGACAGUGAAUGUUUAGGCUCGGGUCGUCGAAAGAUUAGUGGAUCAAGUAGCAGGUUGUCAUAUUCACCAUCCAUGGAUCUACAAUCUUGUGGAGCUUGCACAAGGCUUUUGUCUGACAAAUCAGCAUGGAGCAACCAGAAGUUCGUUGCCAACAGUGAUCUCUCCGUUGUAGCUGUACUAAUAUGCGGUCACACAUUUCAUGCAGAAUGUUUAGAGACUAUGACUGCAGAGGCAGAUAAGUAUGAUCCAUCGUGUCCAAUUUGUAUGGUUGGUGAUAAGCACUUUUCAAAGUUGUCCAGAAAAUGUUUACGGGCUGAAGCAGAGAUGAAGGCCAAGAACCACAAGAUAUCCAGAAAUCGUGUAGUUGAUAGCUACCUUGAUGGUGGUUUUGAUGUAUUUGAUGGCCAAAAAGAUAUCGAACUGGGAGGAAAAGUUUCAAAGAUGGAGGCUAGCUCCAGUACGAGGAGCUCAAUUGGAAAGCCUUUUUUGAGGAGGCAUUUUUCAAAUGGGUCAAAGUGUAGCCGGUCUCUGUCUGAGAAUGAUUCUCCGAGGAAGAAAAGCUUUUGGGCAAGAUAUAGAAAAGAUUGAGUUCCAUUUGCUGUAAGAAGCAGCCCCUUUCUAAUUAGAGAAGUAAUAUAGCACACUUUCUAUGUAGUCUAACGUCACUUACAAUUUUAGAUGAAUUAAUUUUGACCAGAAAGUCCAGUCAAGGUGAUACGGUUCAUAUGAAUAUGAUUUGUAUGAAUAUGGCUUCCCUUGGCAAGUGUUGAGCCACAACACUGGCAGCACAGGAAGGCAGAGGAAUGUGUUAAUUAUAUUUUCAGAAAUGACACCAAGAGUAAAGUGAAUCUGAAGAUUGUCAUUUGUCACAGUAA